AUGGAUCACAGGGACCCGACGAGCUCGGCCUGGACCGAGUCUGCCGUGUCAACACGCAAGAACUCAGCGGAAUGGCAAACGUCAAGGCCAAACUCCCCCAAGCUGGCACCUCUGGACAUGAAGUUCGAAAAGAGCAAGAUGCAUGACAAGGAAACAAACGUCACACCCAUCAUCGAGAAGGGUGCCUCGCCCGCCCACGACAACCACGGCCACGGCCACAUCGACAUCAACGACCCGAACCGGCCGAGGAUGGCCUGGAAGGCGCGUCUGCACCACUUCACAUGGGCCUGGUACACGCUCUCCAUGAGCACGGGAGGUCUCGCCCUCCUCAUCUUCGCCCAGCCGCACCAGUUCCCCGGCCUGCGGCAGAUCGGCACCUUCGUCUACGUCCUCAACCUCAUCAUCUUCACCCUCAUCUGCUCCGCCAUGCUCGCCCGCUUCUUCCUGUACCCCGGCGACUUCAAGAAGUCGCUGACCCACGAACGCGAGGGCUUCUUCUUCCCGACCUUCUUCCUGUCCAUCGCCACCCUCAUCACCAGCACGAGCCGCUACGCCAUCCCCGAGAACGACGAGACCCUCGUGUGGGCCAUCCAGGUUGCCUUCUGGGGCUACCUCGUUGUCACGCUCAUGCUCGCCAUCGGCCAGUACAGCUUCGUCUUCGCCAAGCACAACUUUGGCCUCCAGACAAUGAUGCCCACGUGGAUUCUCCCCAUCUUCCCCAUCAUGCUUACCGGCACCAUCGCCUCCGUCAUCGCCGACACCCAGCCCGAGAUCACCGCCGUGCCCAUCGUCGUCGCCGGCCUCACCUGCCAGGGACUGGGCCUGUCCGUCGCCGUCCUCAUGUACGCCCACAUGGUCGGCCGUCUCAUGUCCGCCGGCCUGCCCAACCGCGAACACCGCCCCGGUCUGUUCAUGAACGUCGGUCCCCCAGCCUUCACCGCUCUCGCCCUCAUCGGCAUGGCCAACGGCCUGCCCGACAACCUCGACCCCGACCGCGACGGCAUCAUCAUCGACGCCGGCAUCAUCCGCACCAUCUCCCUCAUGGCCGCCAUCUUCCUCUGGGCCCUCGCCGCCUGGUGGUUCGGCAUCGCCACCAUCGCCGUAAUCUCCUCGCCCCCCGUCUACUUCCACCUGGGAUGGUGGGCCAUGGUGUUCCCCAACACCGGCUUUACCCUCGCCACCAUCACCAUCGGCAAGCAGCUCGGGAACGAAGCGGUGCAGUGGUUCGCAACGGGCAUGAGUAUCUGUCUACUCCUCACAUACUUCUACGUCCUCUACCACCACAUCAGGGCCGUCGUCAUCCAAGACAUCAUGUACACCAUGAGAGACGAGGACUUCAACGACCACUAA